ACGAUCAACGAAGCUUGCUCGGCUCGCAUAGUCGCAUCAGUUAGCUGCUAGUGCUGCUGUUAUUUCUGUAAUUUUCGCUACCCUCCUGCCGGCUCGCCGAACUGGAGCAUCGCGCUCCUGAUUGCCCGAUUUCGACACGAAAGUAGUGAUUCUCGUCGUGAAAAGGGAACAAAAUGAGUAAACAUCACACGCACGAGAUAAGUGAACAUCCGGAGGUACAGUGGGCUCUGGAGCUGCUCAAGCCGGAUCCUACGUACGAGCCCAGCAUUCUGUCCAAGUAUUCGACGGAAUUGGUAUUCGUGAUAGGCGGCUUCGCGCUUCCGUCUUUCAUGAAUGUAUACAACAUCAAGCCGUUCUAUGCCGGUAUGCAAAGGCAUAUCAAGUACGUAGCAGUGGGAUAUAUCUUGUCGCAAUUUGCAAAGAAGCUUGUUGACGAUUAUCAAGCAGAACGUGAUACUAGACUGAGAGAUUAUAUCGUACGGCAUCCAGAACUCUUUCCCGAACCAGAACGUGUAAAGUAUAGCCAAGUGUUGGAGAAAUGGACCCCAAUUCGUUAAUUACUGAAAAUUGUUAGAGAUCGAGCAGUACACACUUAACAUUAAUAGAUGCGAACGUUGUCCGCACAUAUGUUCUAUACGGUGAUAGAAGUAUAAGUUUACGCAUUACUGUGACUUGUACAUUUGUGAGAUGCAAAUUAAAAUUUUACGAGGUUUCUCCAA